AUGCAACGUCGUGAUAUUGAAAAACAAGAAUUUGGAUUACAUGAAGUUUAUGCUGUUGAUGUACUUGUAUCAUCCGGUGAAGGUAAACCACGUGAAACUGAUAUACGUACAACCGUAUAUAAGAAAAAAGAUUUUAUUUAUCAAUUACGUAUGAAAUCAUCACGUGUAUUUUUAUCUGAAGUUGAAAAACGUUUUACAUUAAUGCCAUUUACAUUAAGACAUUUUGAAGAUGAAAAACGUGCACGUAUGGGUGUUAUUGAAUGUGCAAAACAUGAUCUUGUUGAACCAUAUCCAGUUUAUCAAGAAAAAGAUGGUGAAUUUGUUGCUGAAUUUAAAUUUACACUAUUGUUAAUGCCCAGUGGACAAAUGAAAAUAACCGGUCUACCAAUUGAUUUAGAUUUAUAUGAAUCAGAAUAUAAAAUAACUGAUAGUGAUAUAAAACAAUUAUUAACAAGUUCAACACAAAAAAAGAAGAAAAAUAAGAAGAAGAAGAAAGGCACAACAGGACAAGGUGCAUCAGCUCUUGACAAUGUUGAAGCUGUAGAAGAUGAUGGUGAUGAAGAUUUCGAAGAUGAACCCGACAACAAAACAAAAAGCAAAUCUGCGAAAUCAAAGAAAACAAACAAAAAAGCUUAA